ACUCAGAAUUCAGUACGUUAAAGGCAUUAACGCGAUACGGACCGCGUCUACGUUAUUUUAUUAUCGGCGUUGUACCCGCUAUCAAUAUUCGAAUUGUUUACGAUAUGAUUAUACCUUCAGUGAGUAGCAUAUCUGUUAACAGUGCUUGUGUUUAUUAAAUACGUGUUAUUUGUCGACGUUGCAGUUUGUGACUUUACAAAUAAGUUUCGUUUGUUUACGCGAAAUUAUUUCGAAUAACAUUUUGUCUUGUCAUAUGAGGAUAUAGUUAGUUAACUGCAACGGCAUGUAAAAUAGGGAGCGGUAACAAUUACCGAGUGAAGUGCAUGUUUUACGGCCGAGUGGUUGCCAGGCCUCAGUGUCUCCUGUGUUGAAUUCGAAACGUUACAAUUGGGCUCUCGAUCAGAGUAACUGAUGGAAAAUUGUGCAGUUGGGGUAUGUGAAAGGGUACGACAUGCGGGCCAGCGUGGAUGCGACUAACGUACUAGGACACCGGCAAAACGGCGGCAACAGAGUCUCCAGCGGUCCUUGCACCACAGACGGGCGGUGCAGACAGCGCGAGCGGCGGCUCCGGCGGCUCGGGGAUGGAGUGCCUCCAGCUGCGCUCCCCUCCGCACCCCUCCUUCCACUACCUCAUCUCGGAGCAGGCUAAGUCCCUCGUCGCGCUUCAGGAACUCCAGAAUGAGGUCGGCGCUCUGCUUGAGUUCCGCGACCUCGUCAUCGAGACAUUCCCAAAUUUGCGCUCGAAGAUGGCCCCCUCGACGCCGGCGGUCGCCCGGCGCGACUGGGAGCCCGGAGUGCGCGUGCGGCGCAAGCUCGCCGGCGGCGGCGGCGACGCGGCGCGCGCCAAGCCGCAGCCCUCCGUGCAGGACUCCGGCUUCAGCACCGAGACCUCCUGCGGGAAGGACGCGCACUCGUCCGCCUCCGCCUCGGCGCCCGCGUCCCGCCCGCGCCCGCUCGAGGACGAGCUGUGGGCGCUGCUCGACGUCAUCCAGCGUAAGGGCGGGCGGCUGCGCGACGAGGCGGAGCUGCUGCGCGGCGAGCUAGACGAGCGGCAGGCCGAGACGGCCGAGGAGUCGUUCGCGCGGCAGCUGUCUGCGGGCUGCGCGGCCUGCACGGACGUAGCGCGGCUGCGCGGCGAGCGCGACGCGCUGCUGGCGCAGGCGGCGCAGCUGGAGGCGCAAGCGACGGCGAACUCUCACCCGCGCACGCCGCUGGGCCGCCUGGACGGCCUGCUGGACACGCCGCCGCGCCCGCCCACCGUUGCCAGUCCCGACAGAAGGAAGUUCGCGGCGAUUCUCCAAGAGAGCAAUCCCGUCGAACUGCAAAGACAGCUACUCGUUUCCAUCGUACAAAAUCAGGUGUACAGUGAACAGUUGAAGCACACAACAGAACAACGUACUCUGCUCUUGGAUAAACUAAAACGUGUGAGGGAGGACAACGAAGAUUUGAAGUUUAGGCUGGAGGAGAAGACGAUAGAGCUGGAGGGGGCGCGCGCGCGGCUGCGGCAGGUGGAGGGGCGGCGCGACAGCCCCGAGCGGCACAGCAUGCGCGACCUCGAGCCGCUGCACCUGCCCGACGACGAGGCGCGCCUCGGCGACACGCCGCGCCGCCGCCCCAGCCGCAUCCCGCGCCACACGGCGCACAAGGGCGCCGCGCCGCGCCCGCCGGGCCCCGCGUCGGGCGCGGCCGGGGCGCCGCGCCCGCCCUCCGCCGGGUCGGUGCGCUCGGUGCGCUCGGCGCGCUCCGCGGCGUCGGUGCGCGUGCGCCCCGACAAGCCGGCGCCGCCCCGACACGCGCCAGACAAGAACCAAGAGGCACACAUCGAAAUCGGUUCGGAGGCGGACCGCUACCGCGACUCGCUCAGCAUAGACUCGAGGAAGCUGGAGGCCGGCGCGCAGCUCGUCGUCGAGUAUCUCGCGCGGACGGACAGACUCGCGCCGCUGUUCCCCAAGCUGCACACCGUGCGCACGCGGCCCCUGCCCGACAACCUGCUGCAGGACUGCCGGCUCGCCUACGAGACGCCGCAGAACCUCGCUCUGGAACUCUCCAAAUCGAUUCUGUACGAGAACGCGGACUCGAUAGACCUGAGAACGCUCAAGUCGCUCAACUCGCACGGCGACGCGUCGCUGUGGGACGGCAAGCCGCAGCAGUACUUCGAGAGCAUGAACGAGGGGAAUUUCGGCGCUAAGGAAUUCGACGACGACUCGCUCGCCUCCUAGAGCUUCUGUUCGAUUUUUAAAUUUCAAAUCGAUAGAACGCUGCGGCGGUGACAAAAAUGUAAAUAGAACUCGCCUUUUGUUCUCAUUUGCAAAUGCAGCGCGGUUUCGUUAGCGCGCGCGCGCUUGGCGCGGUCGUACAACGUUGGGAAUGUAGCGUUUCGAAUUUCACACCAAUUUACAUUUAGAUUAGUUUAUUAAAUUAUACGAUGAGCUCCUGGUAUGAAAUGCAUUCGUGAAAUGUUAUUUCUGUAUAUAAUAAUAUCUGUGAUAAUUUCACAUUUAUAUUGUUUCUUUAUGAAUAAUGUAUGAGGAAUUGUAAUUCAUUUUUAAAUCUUAAUUUUUUAAAUUAUAUAAUAUUAUGCUUAAAUAAUGAAUUUUGAUGAAUCAUUAAAAUGUUUCGAGACCCUACUGCUGUCCUGUUUUGUAAGUACUAAAAAAUUUAAUAUAUGUUUUCAAGUUAUAUGCUCAUAAUGUAAAAUUUACUCUUUAUUAUUAUUAUGAUAAAAUAUUUCGGCGGCGAGUUUGUAGAAAAUGGUAGCUAUUACAUAGCAGUCAUUCCUUAGCCUUUGGCGCGACUGUGUUUAAUGUAAAAAUAAAUUGAAUGAAUGUUAAACGACUUCAGUAAGGCUGUGAAAUAGUGUGGUUGCGAUUAUCGCUAAAAAGAUCGAAUAAAUAUUGUAUGUAAUUAAUAGGAAUAAAAUUUGAAUUCGUUGCUGUGGCAUAAAGCGAUUUCCUAGUUAUUUUAAAAUAUCUUUUAGGCUUAACGGUUUGAAACGUAAUGUCGCAGUAAAACGAGAUAAAAAUGGUUCGUAUGGGGGGAUUCGGUCUUAGUUUAUUUAUAUUGUAGCUAUUGUUGUUACUGUGAAACGUCCAGUGUCCAACGUCCUAUGCGAUUCGCACGACUGCCCGGUAGGUUAUGUGCUAUAGUUGGCUAUAUACAAUUAUAUAUACACGCUCGGUUACAAAUAGUAGGAGACUGAUUUUGAUAAAGGCAUAGUGAUAUAUGUUUAUCAAUUUAGUGUAAACCUUAUUUAGAUUUACCAUAUUAUUUUCUUAUUUUAAUUAUUUCCUAUUGUAUACAUUUAUUGCCUGUUUGGUUUUAGUAAGAUUAACUCCUAGUUGUUAUUAAUAAUAUUCCAAUUUCUAUCUGCGACUGUAUUUUAUGUAAAAUAAGAUUUAAAUAUAGCUAAUUAAACUAUUAAGUAAGCAUAUUGUACAGCCACACUCAUGCUAUAGUAAUUCUGUAAAUUAUUUAGCACUAUCUAAUAUUAAGAUAGUCAUUAAAUGUCUAGUUGACUUGAAUCUAGUUGGACUUGUGUAAAGUUGUACAGAAAUCAUAUCAUUAUAUACAAAUUACUUAAAUAAAUUGUUCAUAUCAAA